AUGGAGGAAAUGUGGGAAAAUGCAGAUUCGGUCAAAUCGGAGGAGCAGGGAAUGUCUUGGUUACUCCGACUGAAAGAUGACAUCAGAAAGAUACAGGAAGAAUCUAGUGUGGCACCCAUGAGUCCCAGCCAGUCGGAUGAUGACGAAACGGGGGACAACCCUAACGGUCGCUCGCUCAGUGGGAGGGUCUUAUCAUCGGUGAAGUCUCCAGGGUUGAAAGGGAUCCAGCGACCUUACAGCUGUGAUAGCUUCACUCGGUCAACGGACCUGACCAAACACAGACGCAUUCACACCAGCGAGAAACCAUACAGCUGUGACCAGUGUGGGAAGAACUUCACUCGGUCAGGAAACCUGGCGAGUCAUCAGAAAACCCACACAGUCAGAGAGAAAAACGAGGCCGGCGGCGGGAGAAGUCGGGCAGGUGGAGAGGGAACCCACACAGGAAAGAUACAGGAAGAAUCUACUGUGGUACCCGUGAGGCCCAGCCAGUCUGAUGAUGAUGCAGGGGACAACCCUAACGGUCGCUCACUCAGUGGGAGGGUCUUAUCAUCUGGGAAGGCUCCAGGGUUGAAAGUGAUCCAGCGACCUUAUAGCUGUGAUGUAUGUGAGAAAAGUUUCCCACAUUUAGGAGACCUAAAGAGACACCAGAGAAUACACACAGGAGAGAAACCAUAUGGCUGUGAUCAAUGUGGGAAGAGUUUCUGUACAUCAGGACAAUGGAUUAUACACAAGCGAACACACACAGGAGAGAAACCUUAUCGCUGUAAUCAAUGUGGGAAGAGUUUUGCUCGAACUGAUUACCUGACCGAACACAAGCUAACACACACUGGAGAGAAGCCUCAUAGCUGUGAUAAAUGUGGAAAGGGCUUCACUCGGCCUAACUGCUUGGCUGCACACAAGCUAACACACACAGGAGAGAAGCCCUACCUCUGCUCAGACUGUGGGAAGAGCUUCUAUACACCAGCAAAGUUGAAAGAGCACGAGCGAUCACACACAGAAGAGAACCCUUACGGGUGUGGUCUGUGUGGGAAGAUCUUUGCUUGUUCAGGUUCCCUGACUAAACACCAGCGUGUACACACAGGAGAGAAGUUUUACAGGUGUGGUCUGUGUGGGAAGAGCUUUGCUUGUUCGGAUUCCCUGACUAAACACAAGCGUGUACACACUGGAGAGAAACCUUACAGCUGUGAUCAGUGUGGGGAGAGCUUUGCUCGUUUGGGAGCCCUGACUAUUCACAAGCGUCUACACACUGGAGAGAAACCUUACAGCUGUGCUCAAUGUGGGAAGAGCUGCAAAGAUGCCACGGCCCUGAAUGAACACAUGCGUACACACACAGGAGAGAAACCUUUCCCCUGCUAUGUCUGUGGAAUGAGUUUUUCUCGACGAAGCACCCUGAAAGUACACAUGCGCAGACACACAGGUGAGAAGCCUUACAGCUGUGAUCAAUGUGGGAAGAGAUACGCUCAUCCAGGUGAUUUGAAAAUACACAUUAGAGUACACACCGGAGAGAAACCAUACAGCUGUGACCAGUGUGGGAAGAGCUUCACUCAGUCAACAAACCUGACUAAGCACAGACGUGUUCACUCUGUAGAGAAACCCUAAAGCUGUGAUCUAUGUUGUAUGAACUUUACUCAGUCAACAAACCUGACUAAGCACAGACGUGUUCACUCUGGAGAGAAACCAUACAGCUGUGAUCUAUGUUGUAUGAACUUAGCUUAUUUGUAUCUUAUUUCAUGGGCUCA